CGCGAGAGGGUGUGUUUCCGGAAGACGUGGCUGUUGCUGCAGAGGCAGCUGUCAUCUAAAUUGUUCUCAGAAGAGUACUUGAAUGUUACUUUAAAUAUUAUCUAUUUAUAGUGUAUAUUAACCUGUUUAUUCACCGUCAAGAUGAUUUCGCUAACGGACUCCCAGAAGAUUGGAAUGGGAUUAACAGGCUUCGGCGUUUUUUUCCUCUUCUUCGGGAUGAUUCUGUUUUUUGACAAAGCACUCCUGGCUAUUGGAAAUAUCCUGUUUGUUGCUGGACUUUCCUUUGUCAUCGGGCUGGAGAGGACCUUCCGGUUCUUCUUCCAGAAACAUAAAAUUAAGGCCACCAGCUUCUUCUUGGGUGGUGUGCUGGUGGUUCUGAUCGGCUGGCCCAUCAUCGGAGUGGUGCUGGAGAUCUACGGCUUUUUCCUCUUGUUUAGGGGUUUCUUCCCAGUUAUAGUGGGCUUCAUCAGAAGAAUACCAGUCCUCGGCUCCAUCCUGAACCUUCCCUUCAUCAGCGCACCUUCGUAAGGCUCUGAGGACAAUCAGCAGCUGUGUAUGUGGACAAGGCGGGAGAAAGCAACACCAUGGUAUAACAGAGACUCUUUUUACCCAGAGAAGGUUAUUUGAGAACAGUAGGUUUUAUAAAGCAUCACAAUCUCAUGAAAUUCCCCCCCCCACCCCUGCCGCAGCCAAAGACUUUCUGUCUGCAAUUUCCCUUGUCAGUGCUACCAAUCAAAGGUUCAUCAGAGCGUGGCACCACCAGUCUGUUACUAAAGGGUGGAGUUACUAAGGUCACUACAAUAAAUAUUCCAAAAGCUAUCGAUCCUUUCACUGUUGAGUGCAUCUGGCACGAAAAUGGAAGAUGGAAGACUCCUUCAAAGCACCAUCGACUCGGUCUACAUGACUCUCUUACACUGUGGAAAAAAACUGUCAAGCAUACUGAUGUUCCACAAGGACGAGAAUUGGACAUACAGCUUGCCAUGUUGCAACAUUUCUGUGCCUGUGCUUUGAAUUUAUUUGGACAAAAGUCCUGCUUCUUGCAGAUUUUCUGUGACAUUUGGUCUUUUUUCUUUUCACAGCUGUUUAAAUACCAAGUGUGGCUUUUGUUAUAUUUUCCUUUUGUUACAUGUCAUUUCUGAUUACAGUUGGCUAAUGAUUACUUAAGCAUAAAUGAUUUUUCAUCUAAUGAUCAGUGCUUUACUUCAUCUCUAGUGAGGUGCUUUGGCAUCAUACUAGAAUAUUUUUAGAAUCGUAUUGUUACAAAUUAAAGUCUGGUCACAACAGAAAGAGGCACCACCCAAUUUGAGAUGACACAUGGAAGGUGAAUUUAAUCCAGUUGGUGCUAGAAGCUUUGUGAUGUAGUGAAUACUCAUGAGGCUAGCUAGCAAACUACUGUAGCUGUUUAGCUAACGGCUAACACAAUAGCUAGCCAGGUACAUGCUGUCACAAAAGCUAUCUAAGCUAGCCACUUUGCUAACUGUCAGUAGCAAGCAAGCUUAGUCAUUAAUAGGAUAAUACUCAGAGUUCAGUUUAUUUAAGAAAGGUGUUUUAUUUAAGAAACAUUUUUGUUCCAACCUCUCCUGUUCAUUACUGCACACCAUUGAUGUUUAAAGAGUAGUUUUUAUUCCAGAAGAGCAGGGUUGUAUGAAAGUCAAAUUCUGUCAAACUUUAUCUUUUUAAAAUGUUUGCAGACUAAAUGUUUCAGGUCAAUUUCAACUUGGGUCUUGGUAGAACCAAAACCAAAUGUAUCCCAUAAUGGAUUAACACUUAAAAACUGGUAUGAUCCUGAUAGAUCUCUUUAAGAAUUCACACAUUAAACUCAUCACUGAAUGUAUAUGAUCAAACUCUUUUACAACCUGGGAACUUCCACUCUGAGGCACCUUUACGUGCUUGUGAACCUACAGACCUUUUAUAUCUAAAUGUUAUCAGGUCUUAGAGAACCCAUUUGGGGGUAGAGUCCUAGCUAUCCACAUUCAUUUGCUUCUUUGGUUUUUUAAAACAAAUUCUUCAGCAUUGCAGACAUCAGUCACCACAACCCAGGAGCUGAAUAAAUGGACUAUUUAACUGUGUUUUUCUGUUGGGAGCAUCCAAAUUGAAGUUAGUGAAAUGACGAUGUAUGUAUGUAUGGCACUUUUGUUGUAAAUAUACUAUGGAAGUAAGCUUUCUAUCUGCCAUCAA